UCCUCCCCUGGGCUGUUCCGGAUGAGACGCCUCCCUCCCCCCGCCCCUCUGAUCCUCUUAUCAGCGAGUAAGCGGCCAAGAUGGAUGUUGUAAACCAGCUGGUGGCCCAAGGGCAGUUCACGAUAAUCAAACAACCUCUGGGAUUUAUAAAAGCUCUACAAUGGAUCUUUGCAAUCUUCGCUUUCUCGACAUGUGGAAGUUACUCUGGCAUGUUCAAGAUGAGUGUGGAGUGCAGCAACCGCUCGGAAAGUGAUCUAGACGUAGAAGUAGAGUUUGAAUAUCCAUUCAGGCUCCAUCAGGUUUACUUUGAUGCACCCACUUGUAAGGGAGGAGACAAGGAGCGUCUGUUCCUGGUCGGGGACUACUCCUCUUCAGCCGAGUUCUUCGUCACCAUUGGUGUCUUUUCCUUCCUCUACUCUAUGGCAGCGCUCGCUGUAUACUGUUUCAUCUUAGAGAAGUACCGUGAAAACAAUAAAGGGGCCCAGAUUGAUUUUGUUGUGACGGCGGUAUUUGCCUUCAUGUGGCUGGUAUCUUCUUGUGCUUGGGCUAAAGGCCUCUCAGAUGUGAAAACAGCCACUGAUCCAGAGCGGGUCAUCACUCUCAUCCAAGCCUGUGAAGAACGAGAAAAUAAGUGCCGUGAGAUCCAUGACCCCAAGGUCUCCGGCCUCAACACCUCUGUGGCUUUUGGUUUCAUCAACCUUAUCCUGUGGAUUGGAAACCUCUGGUUUGUCUUCAAAGAGACCGGUUGGAAGGCCGCUUUUGCUGGAACGUAUGUCCCAUCACAGGAGAAGCAGCCCGCCCCAGAUUCCUAUGCCCAGGAAGGCUACGGACAGCAGGACCCCUAUGCCGGCUCCCAGGGAGGUUACCAGCCCGAUUACGGCCAGCAGGGAGGCUACAAUGAGGAUGGAGGUUAUAACCAGGGCUAUGACCAGCAGCCUACCUCUUACUCUAAUCAGAUGUGAGCCUGUCCUGAAACACUACAGCUGCAGAAUGGUUGACCUUGUGAUUUUGGAGUGUGGCUCUCCACCGACCACCACUUUCAUUUCCACACUCCUCUGUUUGUCUGUUUGUGUAUCUGUGAGUUGACAGGCGGAGGGAGGGAGGCCUGGAGGGGAGACACCAGUGGGGCUGGGGGAGGAGAUCAUCACUGUGGGUCGGGGUGGGAAGGAAAAAAAAGAGGGAAAAUGGAUCUUUGCUGUAACAUGAUGUUUAUUCUCGUGAUGUAUUUACUGUAGAAGACAACAGAGGAUUGUCUGUUUGGUUAUACGAGAAAAACUUGAAUACAAAUACCAAAACAUUCGUUGAUGAACAUUUAUGAGAAAUCUUGUAAUGGAAAAGACAUUUACGGAAAAAGAAAAAAAAAA